AGGCAGCAGGAGCAGAGAGCAGCCAUUGCUGUGUCUGGCAGCAGCAGGAUUACACCAUAGUGAAGAAGACAUUCGGUGAGCGUGAGACCCCCAGCAACCAUCCUUGUGUUGCAGGUGAACUAAGCAGGACCUAGAGCCCCAUCACGGUGCCUCCACCUCACUUACUGACUCACUGAUACAUAAGAGACACAAUGACCAGAAGAUACUGGAACUCACCAACAAGAUCAUUCAGCUGCUGACUGGAGAGGUUCCUAUAAGGUGUCAGGAUGCCAAUGUCUCCAUGCAGGAGGGGGAGUAUAUAGAGGAACACAGGGGUCUGUACAAGGACGUGAUGAUGGAGAAUCACCAGCCCCUCACAUCACUGGAUGGGCCCAGUAACAGAGAUACCCCAGAGAGAUGUCCCCGUCCUCUGUAUUCCCAGGAUUGUACAGAGGAGAAUCACAGGACCCCACAGGAGGAUCAGUACAUGACUGAUAUGAAGGCAGAAGAUAUAGAGGGAGAAGAAGAGACGUAUGUGACUGAUAUGAAGACAGAAGAUAUAGAGGGAGAAGAAGAGACGUAUGUGACUGAUAUAAAGGCAGAAGAUAUAAAGGGAGAAGAAGAGACGUAUGUGACUGAUAUGAAGGCAGAAGAUACAGAGGGAGAAGAAGAGACGUAUGUGACUGAUAUAAAGGCAGAAGAUAUAGAGGGAGAAGAAGAGACGUAUGUGACUGAUAUGAAGGCAGAAGAUACAGAGGGAGAAGAAGAGACGUAUGUGACUGAUAUAAAGGCAGAAGAUACAGAGGGAGAAGAAGAGACGUAUGUGACUGAUAUAAAGGCAGAAGAUAUAGAGGGAGAAGAAGAGACGUAUGUGAGGGGUGAUCAGCAGUGUAAGGAGGAGGAGAUCCCUACAUUUAUCAGCACAGCAGGUGGACACACAAGCAGGAAUAUCUCAGAAGGACAUCUAAUGUUAUCCCCGGAUUGUGACAUAAAAGAUAAUGACAGUAGACAGGAUUCCCCAGGAGAUAACCCCAUUACCCCAAUUAUACAUCCAGCUCUAUCAGCUGAUCCCUCUGAUCCUGGGAAAUGUUCUCCUGAUCACUCUGAUAUUGGUGCAUCUGUUACAGCUCUGACAGUAGAUACAGUGUUUCCAUGUUCUAUAGAUGCCAAAUGUAUUACACAGAACACAAAGCUUAUCACCCAUCAGGCAGCUAAGGCAGGUGAGAGGCCAUUUCCAUGUUCUGAGUGUGGAAAAUGUUUUACAUACAAGUCAGCUCUUGUUACACAUCAGGGAAGACACACAGGUGAGAGGCCAUUUUCAUGCUCUGCGUGCGGGAAAUGUUUUACCCGGAACUCACAACUUGUUACACAUCAGCGAAGUCACACAGGUGAGAAUCCAUUUCCAUGUUCUGAGUGCGGGAACUGUUUUACAUACAAAUCACUUCUAAUACAUAAGAGAUUGCAUACAAGUGAGAAACCAUAUUCCUGUUCUGAGUGUGGGAAAUGUUUUACAUACAAAUCAAGUCUGGAUGCACAUAAGAGUAGUCACACAGGUACAUCACCAUUUCCAUGUUCUGAGUGUGGGAAACAUUUUGCACAUAAAUCACAACUUGCUAGACAUCAGAGAAGUCACACAGGUGAGAGGCCAUUUCCAUGUUCUGAGUGUGGGAAAUGUUUUAUCUGGAAAUCACAACUUGUUACACAUCAGCUAAGUCACACAGGUGAGAAGCCAUUUCCAUGUUCUGAGUGUGGGAAAUGUUUUGCCCGGAAAUCACAACUUGUUAGACAUCAGCUAAGUCACACAGGUGAGAAGCCAUUUCCAUGUUCUGAGUGUGGGAAAUGUUUUGCAGACAAAAUAGAGCUUGUUAGACAUCAGAGAAGUCACACAGGUGAGAAGCCAUUUUCUUGCUCUGAGUGUGAGAAAUGUUUUUCACGGAAAUCACAACUUGUUAGACAUCAGCUAAGUCACACAGGUGAGAGGCCAUUUCCAUGUUCUGAGUGUGGGAAAUGUUUUGCCCGGAAAUCAGAUCUUGUUAAACAUCAGAGACGUCACACAGGUGAGAAGCCAUUUUCUUGCUCUGAGUGUGGGAAAUGUUUUACACAGAAAUCAUAUCUUGUUAUACAUCACAGAAGUCACACAGGUGAGAAGCCAUUUCCAUGUUCGGAGUGUGGGAAAUGUUUUGCAGACAAACCAGAUCUUGUUAGACAUCAGAGAAGUCACACAGGUGAGAAGCCAUUUCCAUGUUCUGAGUGUGGGAAAUGUUUUGCCCGGAAAUCACAACUUGUUAGACAUCAGCUAAGUCACACAGGUGAAAAGCCAUUUCCAUGUUCUGAGUGUGGGAAAUGUUUUGCAGACAAAAUAGAGCUUGUUAGACAUCAGAGAAGUCACACAGAUGAGAAGCCAUUUUCUUGCUCUGAGUGUGAGAAAUGUUUUUCACGGAAAUCACAACUUGUUAGACAUCAGCUAAGUCACACAGGUGAGAAGCCAUUUCCAUGUUCUGAGUGUGGGAAAUGUUUUGCCCGGAAAUCAGAUCUUGUUAAACAUCAGAGAAGUCACACAGGUGAGAAGCCAUAUUCCUGUUCUGAGUGUGGGAAAUGUUUUACACAGAUAUCAGAUCUUGUUAAACAUCAGAGAAGUCACACAGGUGAGAAGCCAUUUUCUUGCUCUGAGUGUGGGAAAUGUUUUACACAGAAAUCAUGUCUUGUUAUACAUCACAGAAGUCACACAGGUGAGAAGCCAUUUCCAUGUUCUGAGUGUGGGAAAUGUUUUACACAGAAAUCAUAUCUUGUUACACACCAGAGAAGUCACACAGGUGAGAAGCCAUUUUAAUCUUCUGGAGUAUACUUAUCAUUGCCAUGCGUUGUUCUUCAAGGUUCUUAUUCUUAUCUUAUGUCCUGUGCUUUUUGCAAUAUACAUGCUACCACUGGGUGAAAUAAUCAGAUGUCAUGCCCUCAUCUACCACUGCUAUGCAGAUGAUCUGUCUUCUGCUCUGGGUACUGAGAACCCAGUACCAAUCCUAAAUGUCUCGCUGAGCUCCAGGUGUGGGUGAUGCCAGUUGGCUGUGACUCAAUCCUGGUGAAACAGGUCCUUAUGCUAGUUCGCCAACAAAGGACAGGGCUACAGCUCUGCUUUGUUACCAACCAGACUUACACUUGGGGGUUCAGGUUUACAAAAUGCUGGUCAUGUGCAGAAUCUUAGUGUCCUGGAUGGUGGAGGUAUCAGCCACAAUCAGAUCCUCAUCUGAGGAACAUAGCCAGACUCCAGCACUUUAUUCCCUCAGAAGAUCUACCUACAGUCAUACAUGCACUUGUAUCAUCACACAUAGACUACUGACAUUUGUGGAUUUAAAUAAGUACAUCAGGAAAUUAUCCAUCAAGAAAUUCUUUUUGAAUAAAGAACAUAAUGGAGAAGUGGAAGAGGCAUCGGAUGAGGGGACUCAUUUUAGACCUAAAUCCAUAUUUAACCCCACCCACAUGAGGGGAAGCUUUUUGGACACUUUCCUCAAUCUCUGCAUCAAUGAUGUACAAAAUUUGAGUCAUAAGGACAUCAAACAAAAUUUGACCAGAAAAGAGAGAGAGGCCCUUAAAAAUUUGAAGGAAAACACCGAGCUAGUUAUCAAACCAGCCGAUAAGGGGGGCAGCAUAGUUAUCAUGUCUAAAUUGUGGUACGAACAGGAGGUUCUUAGACAGGUGGACGUGAGAACAACAUACCAAAAACUACGUACAGACCCCACAAAUGGCGUCCUUUCCAAUUUGAAGGUUUUGUUGGACAAAUAUAGGGACUUGGAAGUCCUAAAUGAAAAGGAAUACAAAUUCCUUUUCAAUAAUGAACCCACAACUCCUGUGUUAUAUAUUCUUCCAAAGAUCCACAAGAACCCCACCCAUCCCACGGGCAGACCCAUUGUGUCAGGUAUUGGGUCUGUGACGGCUAAUUUAUCCGAAUUUCUUGAUUAUUAUUUACAGCCUUUGGUUCUAACAAACCCCUCCCAUUUAAAAGACACAAGAGAUGUUCUCAACUUUAUUAACACUCUCAUAUGGGAAGAAGGUUGGAUUUUAGUUACCGCUGACGUUCGAUCCUUGUACACAAUAAUUGACCAUCAUAAAGGAGAGACAGCGGUAAAAAUGUUUCUGGAAAAUAGCUCACUGGAUAGUAAACUUCAGGAUUUUAUUUUGGAAGGAGUUCAUUUCAUAUUGUCCAAUAACUUUUUUCUGUUUAAUGACACCUUUUAUCUUCAAAAAGUGGGGACUGCCAUGGGCACCAGGUUCGCUCCAAGUUACGCAAACAUCUUCAUGGGCCAUUGGGAGAAUGAGGUAAUUUGGAGCCAUAACCCUUUUGGAGCGAACCUGGUGUCCUGGCGAAGAUACAUUGAUGAUGUCUUUUUUAUUUGGAAAGGGGGCCGUGAUACCCUGGGUGAUUUUUAUUCUUAUCUGAAUCACAAUGAGCUGAAUAUUGAAUUUUCUUUUGAAGAUAGUACCUCCUCUAUAAAUUUUCUAGAUGUGACCAUAUUCAUAGAGAAUAACAGUCUCCACACAAAAUGUUAUACGAAACCAACUGAUUCUGGCACUUUCUUGAGAGCCGAGAGUUGCCACCACCCCAACUGGCUUGGAGCAAUCCCUGGGGGACAACUACGAAGGAUCAAACGAAACUGUUCCAUGAAUGAUCACUACAAGGAACAAGCAUCACUGAUGAAAGACAAGUUCCUAGCCUCAGGGUACUGCAAAACUUCAUUGGACAAAACUUUGAAUACAAUCGACACAGUAAAGAGGGAGGAACUAUUAAUCAAUAAGAAUAUCAAUUCCGUUAAGGAUAACAGUUAUGAUUUGGCAUUUAUAACAACGUUUAACAGCCAGUAUAAGUCUCUUGAGAGGAUUCUCAAUAAACAUUGGAAUAUCUUAAGAAAUUAUCCAAUUAUUGGAAAAUCACUACCCAAAAACCCAAAUGCAUCUACAGAAGGGCACCAAACAUAGGUUCAAAAAUUGUAAGAAGUAUGUGCCCCCCUAUAACAGCAAAUGCCAGAGUAAAAACAAAAGGUUUCUUUAGGUGCGGAACUUGCAUAGGUUGCAGAGGAAUAAAGGGUGAUAGUAAAAAACUUACAGAGGUAGAGAUUAACGGGAAGAUCAUCAAGAUCAAUGAAUUCAUCACGUGUAACGUAAAAAACGUUGUUUACGGUAUUGAAUGCUCCUGUGGAUUGGUGUAUAUAGGCCGGACAUCUAGAGCCCUGAAAAUCCGUAUAGGGGAACAUAUUCGUAACAUAAAGAACGGGUUACAGACACAUGCAUUGUCGGAACAUUUCAGACAAAAACAUGGAAGUAAUAUAUUGGAUAUCAAAAGAUUUUUUGGUCUCAAACAGAUAUCGGGACACUGGAGACAAAGAGAUCUGGCCAGUCAGUUAGCGAAAUCCGAAAUGCGUACCAUUUUUGAGUUAGGGACUCUUAAACCUGGGGGACUCAAUAAUGAUUUUGAGAUUAAAUGGUUUUUAUGAUCACAUUGAGUCUUAUAUGCCACCUGUAAUCACUCCAUGUUUUCCGAUAUUUGCAUGCAGGAAGAUCACUGCACUUUGAUUGGGGGGUGUGCGGCUGUUUUAUUCAUGGGGAUUGCAUUCGUCACCUAUACGUGUUUUUAUUGGCAUUUAUAUUGAUCUUUUAUUUUUUUAUUUAUUAACUGCAGGAUAUCGUCUUAACACUUCUGGACUAUCUAUUUUAAACUGAUCAGCAUUGUCCCCGAGACCAUCCCAUAAUGAUCAAAGGACUUUUAGUGACUUCAUGUAUAGAGAUCAUGGGAGGGUCCGGGGUACAAUUAGGUUUAGGGGGUUGUAGUGAUGGAAUGUAAUAGUCAUAUGUCAAUGCAGAUAAUACAUGCCCUCUGGUUGGCUAUGGAUAUUAGAAUGGCUGAGAAUGAAAAUACACCACUAGAAGCGGUUUGACGCUCCCUGUCAUUAUGAGUACAUAAAUGUAAAAACCAUAACAGAGCGGGAUGCUGGGCGACUGGUCCUCUGGACCAUAGUUACAUAUUCCGGGUACAUGAAAUAAGGACUUGAGUGCUGCACAUUGUUGAAUACACAGAACAAUGAACGGACACGCAUUUCAGGUUUCUAUGGAGACAGACACUGCCGGAAGUGACGCAACGCCUCCUCGAUCGUUACUAUGGACACAUAUCUUUAAUCAACUUGAGGGGACAAAUGUAUAUAUUUUGAUAGAAUUAUGUAUUUUUGAAAUGCCGAUCAUACAAUAUUGUCUGCUAGAUGUGACAACUGAUUAUAAGAAACAUACUUAGUAGACACACGCAUUUUUUUAACGGACCGGAAGUGACGUUACGUCUCUAUGGGAAUAUGCAUUAACUCAGAGCAAUGCACUAUGGGAUUUGUAGUAGAUUACCAUAUGAUUAUCAGCUGGAGUUAUAGGACGGGGAUUGGACAGAACUGUGUUUAAAUAUCUAGGGGCCCUUCUCCACACACACAGCCCGGAUUCUCCUGAAAAAGACCUCAGCUUGAGAGGUGGAAACGCGUUGGAGCGGGGACAUCGAUAUCUGGCAGCCGACGUGACCGUGACGAGGUGAAGUCCAGGUCAGCUGAUUCAGCGGUGAUACAACAUCCGUGGGAACCCGGGACCCACCACACACAUGCUGAUACUAAACUGAUUUGUCAGUUCUUGGCUUCUGGUAAUUCAUUCAAUCACAGUCAUUGAGGCUUUCAUUUAAUUUGUGUAGUUGUGUGUGGAGUUUUGAUACGUCAUCUGUUUUAAUUGUUAUUAACCUAAAAUAUUAAAAAUUGUACUUCACUAUA